AUCUCACUUCGCUGCCAUGGAUGGUGAUCACGAAAGACUGAUUACUCGGGUUCCCGUCACCCGUAAGCAUCCUACCUGGCGCGUCAUCAUCAUUGUCAACAUCAUAUUCGCUAGUCUGCUACUGGUCACAUAUCUCGCAUUUCUGAUAUGGAUAUACAACAAUCUUCAUCUUAGGCAUGGGUUGGCCAAGGUGUUUAAUGGUGCUUGCUCCCAAGCUUCGAGGACAGGGGCGUAUGCCCACUUUGCUACAUGUGCUUUCGCCGUUCUGCUCUUUGCUGCAGGCUCACAUGGAGUCCAACUACUGCUUUCGCCGACUAGAGAUGAAGUCGAGAAUGCUCAUUCGCGAGACCGAUGGGUGCACAUAGGUGUUGGAGGAUUGCGGAAUAUGAAAUGGAUCUCUAAGCGCAGGUUGUGCCGAGCAAUCUUGCUGGCAGCAACCGCUGUACUCAUGCCCUUUCUCCACAACUCGCUGGUUCUCACGACCUUGGCAACAACAGACAGGGUAGCGUCUCUCGUAACUGUAGACUACCUCAAGGGAUCUCGACUAGAUACAUCAACAGAACAGUCUAUGUUCCUCACGAAGGCGGAAAAGUACCUUACCGUCUCAUUGUCGGCCAAAGCAGCGCCGACACAGAUCCAUUAUAAUGCCUUGCUCGAGCAGCUACGGGUUGGUUCGACGAACUUGGUCCAUCUAUCUCCCCCUGAAUGCCGUACAGCAUAUUCGUCCUUGCAGAUGCCCUCCAAGUUCUCGAACGUAUUACUGGUCAGUUUUUCUAAUACCAGUAAUACAUUAGAUGGGCUCAUCGACUGUGAACUUCAUUAUCCGGAGAUGAUCGUGGACCCAAAGUAUCAGGGCGCACACAGAAUUGACUGGUUCAACACAAACGGUACUGCCUCCAUCUUCCACAAUCACUGCAUAGACACGGACUUCGAUUUUGGUGACGGCGAUAUCUGGAACGUUCCUGUUUGGGACUACUAUUGUACGGUAACAUCAUAUCCCGUUGAGUACUGCCUCGCUCAGACGUUCGAGCCCGAGUGUGGUGUAGAUAUCAAUACUCGGAUCCUCAUCGGCAUCAUCGUUUGCUUGUUCGUGGAGAUUGGAUGCUUGGCUAGUCUGGUCGCAAGCAGGUUCCAACCUUUCGCCACUGUUAGCGAUGCAGUAGCAAGCUUCCUGAAACAUCCAGAUCCUUUGACCUCGAGGAUUGCGGUACUUGCCAUUCCCGCUGUCCACUCACCAAGCAGUAAAUUUGACAAGUUCGGUUUCCGACGUUCUGAAAAAGACAUGAAUAUGUGGAGACACAAGUGGCCAGUCUGGCGAGCAGCAGUCGACACCGAAACGUGCGCUCUAUUCAUCAACUGCCUCUUCCUUGCCUUUUUCACUUUUGCGACCGCAGUCCUGAUCGUAUACAACAACGAUGAGCUGUCAAACUAUCGGCCGCUUACUCUGCAAACCCCAACGUCCACUCGAGGACUUCUCGCCAAUCUUCUCGGCCUUGGGUCCAUACAUCUGAUGAUAUUUGUAACAUAUUUAUUCUACAACCACAUCUGGUCACGUAUGCUCGCUGCCGCCGAACUUAAUGCCUUCGUCAAGACUCGAGCACCUCUACGGGUCACUUUGCAUACACAAGGUGCUCGUGACACAUACUAUCUCAGCGUUAAACCUCACUACUCUGCAUUGUUGAUCAUUGCUUUGACUUUGAUCCACUUCUUCACAACGAGAGCUCUCAAUGUCGUCGCUGUACAGACUUACGACGUCAUGGGCCAGUACUCGCAUCAACGCAUCACUUACGGGAUCUCGACCUCUUCUGCGGUUCUGGCUUUGGGACUUGGUUUCGUCAUGUUGUGUGCUUUGGCGUUUGGACUGGACAGGAAACUUCAUACCGGCAUGCCUGUAUUGGGGACUUGUUCAAUGGCUAUCUCGGCGGCUUGUCAUGCUGAUGAUACUGUCAUGACUUUAGGACAAGUGAGUUAUGGAAAGAAUGCAAGAACAGGCAGGAUGGGUUUU